CCCGCGCCCCGUGGCCGCCCCGGCCUAAGAGCGCUAGGAUCUCAAGCGGGGUCUCGGAGCUGCACCAAGGGAGGAGGACACAGGCCCGCGGCGUGUCCGCAAGCCCAGCCCAGCCCAGCCUGAAUGAGAUAAAGCACUGCAAGAGCUGAAGAUGACAAGCUCUGUGGCAUCCUAUGAGCAGCUGGUACGGCAGGUGGAGGCCUUGAAGGCCGAGAACAAUCACCUGAGACAGGAGCUUCGAGACAACUCAAGCCACCUGUCUAAGCUGGAGACAGAGACAUCUGGCAUGAAGGAGGUCCUGAAGCACUUACAAUGCAAGCUAGAGCAGGAGGCCCGCGUGCUGGUGUCCUCAGGGCAGACUGAGGUACUGGAGCAGCUGAAAGCCCUGCAGAUGGACAUCACCAGCCUGUACAACCUGAAGUUCCAGCCCCCCGCCCUGGGCCCUGAGCCUGCUGCCCGCACCCCUGAGGGAAGCCCAGUACAUGGCUCCGGGACCUGCAAGGAUAGCUUUGGGGAGUUGAGCCGGGCCACCAUCCGGCUGCUGGAGGAACUGGACAGGGAACGGUGUUUCCUGUUGAAUGAAAUUGAGAAGGAAGAAAAGGAGAAGCUCUGGUACUACUCGCAGCUGCAGGGCCUGUCCAAACGCCUGGAUGAGCUCCCGCAUGUGGAGACUCAGUUCUCCAUGCAGAUGGACCUGAUCCGGCAGCAGCUGGAGUUCGAAUCCCAGCACAUCCGCUCGCUGAUGGAGGAACGAUUUGGCACCUCUGACGAGAUGGUGCAGCGGGCACAGAUCCGCGCUUCACGCCUGGAGCAGAUCGACAAGGAGCUGCUGUCUGCACAGGACCGGGUGCAGCAGACGGAGCCCCAGGCCCUGCUGGCAGUAAAGUCAGUGCCAGUGGAUGAAGACCCUGAGACUAAGAUCCCCAUGCACCCUGAGGAUAGUGCCCCUCAGCCAGGCAAUAGCAAGGAGUACCUGGUGACACCAGUGGAGCGGGCAUUUGGCCCUCGUGGGCUGGGAGCAUCUCCAGUGACUGAGGCUCCCCAUCCGUCUCCCCAGGUGGAAGUGGUCUUUUGGCUACUGUCAAUGCUGGCAACGCGGGACCAGGAGGACACAGCUCGCACAUUGCUCGCCAUGUCCAGCUCUCCUGAGAGCUGUGUGGCCAUGCGCCGCUCAGGCUGCCUGCCACUGCUGUUGCAGAUCCUUCAUGGCACAGAGGCUGGGGCUGGGGGUCGAAAUGGGGCCUCCGGAGCACCUGGAGCCAAGGAUGCACGCAUGCAUGCCAAUGCAGCGCUACACAACAUCAUCUUCUCCCAGCCAGACCAGGGACUGGCACGCAAGGAGAUGCGUGUCCUGCACGUGCUGGAGCAGAUCCGUGCCUACUGUGAGACCUGCUGGGACUGGCUGCAGGCCCAGGACGGCGAGUCCGAGGGAAGCAGGGUGGGCCAAGCCCCAGUCCCCAUUGAGCCUCAGAUCUGCCAGGCCACCUGUGCAGUGAUGAAGCUGUCCUUUGAUGAGGAAUACCGCCGCGCCAUGAAUGAGCUGGGCGGGCUGCAGGCUGUGGCAGAGCUCCUGCAGGUGGACUAUGAGAUGUACAAGAUGACCCGGGACCCACUCAACCUUGCCCUGCGCAGAUAUGCUGGCAUGACUCUCACGAACCUCACCUUUGGGGACGUCGCCAAUAAGGCCACACUGUGUGCCCGGCGGGGCAGCAUGGAGGCCAUCGUGGCCCAGCUGGCUUCAGAGAGUGAGGAUCUCCAGCAGGUGGUGUCUAGCAUCUUGCGCAACCUGUCCUGGAGGGCUGACAUCAACAGCAAGAAGGUACUGAGGGAGGUCGGCAGCAUGACCGCCCUGAUGCAGUGUGUCCUACGAGCCUCCAAGGAAUCCACCCUGAAAAGUGUGCUCAGUGCUCUGUGGAACCUCUCGGCACACAGCACAGAGAACAAAGCAGCCAUCUGCCAGGUGGAUGGUGCCCUGGGCUUCCUGGUGAGCACACUGACUUACAAGUGCCAGAGCAACUCACUGGCCAUCAUCGAGAGCGGCGGGGGCAUCCUGCGCAACGUGUCCAGCCUCAUCGCCACCCGUGAGGACUAUAGGCAGGUGUUGCGGGACCACAACUGUCUGCAGACGCUGCUGCAGCACCUGACAUCGCACAGCCUGACCAUUGUGAGCAAUGCCUGUGGCACGCUCUGGAACCUGUCUGCCCGCAGUCCACGUGACCAGGAGCUGCUGUGGGACCUGGGCGCUGUGGCCAUGCUACGGAAUCUCGUGCACUCCAAGCACAAAAUGAUUGCCAUGGGUAGCGCUGCUGCCCUGCGCAACUUGCUGGCCCACCGGCCUGCCAAGUACCAGGCAGCGGCCACUGCCAUCUCCCCUAGCGCCUGUGUGCCCAGCCUGUAUGUGCGUAAGCAGCGGGCCCUGGAGGCUGAACUGGACGCGCGGCACCUGGCCCAGGCGCUUGACCACCUGGAGAAGCAGGACCUGCCUGAGGCUGAGGCCGAGGCCGCCUCCAAGAAGCCACUGCCGCCCCUGCGGCACCUGGAUGGGCUGGCCCAGGACUAUGCCUCAGACUCAGGCUGCUUCGACGAUGAUGACGUGCCCUCCCUGGCCGCCGUGGCUGCCACCGCUGAGCCUGCCAGCCCCACUGUGCUGUCCCUUUUUCUGGGCAGCUCCUUCCUGCAAGGCCAAGCACUGGCCCGGGCCCCACCUGCCCACCGCAGUGGCCCAGAGGUAGAGAAGGAGGCCAGUGGGGAGGCAGCUUUGGCAGCCAGGGCCAAGGCCAAGCUGGCACUGGCAGUGGCACGGAUUGACCGGCUGGUAGAGGAUAUCUCAGCCCUGCACACAUCAUCUGAUGACAGCUUCAGCCUCAGUUCUGGGGACCCUGGGCAGGAAGUACCAAGGGAGGGCCGAGCCCAGUCCUACUCUCCUUGCUGGGGGCCUGAGGGCGGGCAGCGGGAGGCUGGCAGCCGGGCUCAUCCCCUUCUGCGACUGAAGGCAGCCCAUGCCAGCCUUUCCAAUGACAGCCUUAAUAGUGGCAGCACCAGUGAUGGGCACUGUCCCCGUGACCACACGCGGCCUUUGGCGUCACUGGCCGAGCACCGAGAGGGGCCGCCGUGUGGUCAGGUGCGGCCCAGCCAGCUUGACCUCAACCUGCUGGAUGGCCAGGCUAAGCCAGCAGCCCGGGAGGCUGCAGCCACUGAUGCAUGUGUGCGCACCAUCAAGCUGUCACCCACCUACCAGCAUGUGCCACUGCUCGAGGACACAACCAAGGCUGGUGUGGGGCUCCUGGUCCCUGGGAGCAGGAAGCAGGCCUGGCUGCCUGCAGAGGGUGUGAGCAAAGUGGCCGAGAAGCUGGUGGUGGAGGCGGCACCACUCUGCCUGUCCCGUUGUAGCUCCCUGUCCUCACUGUCCUCGGCUGGCCGCCCAGGCCCCAGCGAGGCAGGGGACCUGAAUGACAGUGACUCAUCCCUGGAGGGGCUGGAGGAGGCUAGUCCCAGUGAGGCAGAGCUGGAUCGGGCCUGGCAUGGGCCAGGGGAUACCUCCCUGCCCAUGGCUAUUCCUGCACCCCCUCCAGGCCGAAGCCUAGGGGUGGAGGACGCCACACCGUCUAGCUCCUCAGAAAACUGCGUGCAGGAGACACCACUGGUGCUGAGCCGCUGCAGCUCGGUGAGCUCACUGGGAAGCUUCGAGAGCCCGUCCAUUGCCAGUUCCAUCCCCAGUGACCCCUGCAGCGGGCUGGGCAGUGGCACAGUUAGCCCCAGCGAGCUGCCUGACAGCCCUGGGCAGACCAUGCCACCAAGCCGCAGCAAGACACCACCAACGGCCCCUGCACCUCCUGGUGAACGUGAGGCCACCCAGUUCAGCCUGCAGUGGGAAAGUUACGUGAAGCGUUUCCUGGACAUUGCCGACUGCCGGGAGCGUUGCUGGCUGCCCUCCGAGCUGGACGCUGGCAGUGUGCGUUUCACUGUAGAAAAGCCGGAUGAAAAUUUCUCAUGUGCCUCCAGCCUCAGCGCACUGGCCCUGCACGAGCACUAUGUUCAGAAGGAUGUUGAGCUGCGGCUGCUGCCCCCCGCCUGUCCUGAUCUUGGCAGUGGCAGUGGCGGUGGCCCUGGCCAGCACUUUGCUGGGCACCGCCGGCGAGAUGAAGCCAAUGGUCGUGAGGGGCCACCUGCCACCAAUCAGGAGCUGGAGCUGCUGCGGGAUUGCCUGGGCACAGCCAUGCCUACUCGACUCUGCAAGGUGGCCUCAGCACUGGUGCCUGGCCGCUGCGCACUGCCUGUGCCUGUCUACAUGCUGGUGCCCGCCCCGGUCCGGGAGGACAACUCAUACACUGACUUGGCCGAGGGCACGCCAGUCAACUUCAGUGUGGCCUCACUCAGCGACGAGACACUGCAAGGAUCUCCCAAGGAGUUGCCUGGUGGGCGUGGGGAUAGGCAGAAGCCAGCAGGCCGAGAGGCUCCUACCAGGCAGGCUGCUGGGCAUCGGCACAGGGUUAGGGGUGUGGGCCGCAGCACGGAGCCAGCCCGGGUGACGGGCAGGAGGCGGGCAGGGCUGGAGCUGCCCCUUAGAAGGCCCCUGAGAGCUUGUGUAGACAGAGACAGCCCCCAAGCAGGCCGAGCCCAUGGGGAGGGGACACUACAGUCCCUGUGCCUUACCACACCCACUGAGGAAACUGUGUACUGCUUCUACAGCAAUGGCUCGGAUGAGGAGCCGUCCACAGCAGCGGUGGUGGCACCCUCCCUGUGGGAAUCUGCUAUUCCCCAGGCAGUGAAGAGGGAGCGCCUGGCUGGCAGGAAGAAAACACAGGCGGUGCCCAAGGCCACAGUGCCUGCCCGGGCCCAGCCCAGCCUCAUCGCUGAUGAGACACCACCAUGCUACUCCCUAAGUUCCUCCACCAGCUCCCUCAGUGAGCCUGAGCCCGAGACUGGCAGGAUCCAAGCCCGUGAGCCAGUGGUCACCAAGGACCCAGGCCUUGGAGGCAGGAAUGAUGGCCAUCCCAGUCCUCGGGCCAAGGUGGAGCUACUGCGGCGCUGCAUUGGCUCAGCCAUGCCUAGGCGCAGGCCACAGGCAUCAGAUCCAAAGUGCCGCAAGCCCCGCGAUGCCCAGCUGGAAGAACGGCCAGCAGAGGGGACCCAGGAACAUGGCGAGGAGGCAGCGGGGUCAGACCAUGCCUCAGACCUGGACAGUGUCGAGUGGCGCGCCAUCCAAGAGGGUGCCAACUCCAUUGUCACCUGGCUGCACCAGGCGGCAGUGGCAGACACCCAAGAGGUCUCAUCUGAGUCUGACUCUAUCCUGUCCUUUGUGUCAGGGCUGUCUGUGGGCUCUACCCUGCAGCCCUCCCUGCACAGAAAAGGACGGCGACCAUGGGCAGAGGGACAGGUAAGCAGUGCCACUCGACCAGAGAAACGGGAUAUGACUCUGGCCCAGCGCAGCAGCAGCCCCUGCUUGCCCUGCGGCCCGGAGAAGCUGCGUGGUGCUCAGAAGACCACAUCUGGGGUACCAGCCAUGCUCCGAGGAAGGACAGUGAUAUAUGUGCCCAGCCCGGCCAGCCGGGCCCAGCCCAAAGGCACCACUGGCCCCCGCACCGCACAGAGGAAAAUAGGACCCCAGAGCCCCGCACAGCCAGCAGCUCCCACCAAAGCCCUGGGCCCUGGGCAGCAGCGGUCUAGGAGCCUGCACAGGCCCGGCAAGAUCUCAGAGCUUGCUGCCCUGACCCCCCCGCAGAGGAGCGCCACACCACCAGCCCGCCUCACCAAGACUCCUUCAUCCAGCUCCUCCCAGACCUCCCCUGCCUCCCAGCCCUUGCCUCGGAGGUCGCUCCCAGCUUCCCAAGCUUCUGGGUCUCUCCCCAGCCCCGGGGCCUCACGAGUGCCCAAGACACCCAUGCGGACCCUCCUGGCCAAGCAGCACAAAACGCAGAAGUCGCCCGUGCGGAUCCCCUUCAUGCAGAAGCCCACCAGGCGGGGACCACCACCCCUGGCCAGGCCAACCCCGGAGCCAGGCCCCAGGGGUCAGGUGGGGCCCAAGGGGUGCCCGAGUGCCCGAGGGGGCCGUCUGGGUCUGGUGCGCAUGGCCUCAGCCCGAUCCAGUGGUAGCGAGUCCUCCAACUGUUCGGGUUUCCGAAGGCAGCUGACCUUCAUCAAGGAAUCGCCAGGCCUACUGCACCGACGCCAUUUAGAACAACUGUCCUCUGCUGAAGUCACCACCUCUGCUUCCCAGGGCAGCUCACCCCGCCGCAGCCGGCCCACACCGCCCACUGUCUUCCUCUGCUCCUCCCGCUGCAAGGAGCUGCGGGCACCCCCACCACAGGCCCUGGUCCCCCAGCGGCCCCUUGCAGCUCGGCCAAGCCCUACUGAGCGGCCACCGAGGCGCACUAGCUCCGAGAGCCCAUCUCGUCUGCCCAUCCGCAAGCAGGCCACCCAGCCAGAGGCAGUCAAGCGCUAUGCCUCUCUGCCCCAUAUCAGCAUGGCCCGAAGGCCAGAGGGUGCUGCCCCUGGUCCUGAAGCUGAUGCUGCCCACCAAAGCAGCAACGGAGAGGCCCGACCUCUGCCCAGGGUGGCAUCGCCAGGUACCACGUGGCGUCGCAUCCGGGAUGAGGAUGUGCCACAUAUCCUGCGGAGCACACUACCUGCCACCGCCCUUCCGCUCAUAGGCACCUCGCCCGAGGAGCACCCAGGUGGUCCCCCGCAGCGCAAGACCAGCGAUGCUGUGGUCCAGACGGAGGACUUCUCUACCACCAAGACCAACUCCAGCACGUCCCCAAGCCUGGAGAGCAGGGAGCACCCCCAGGCCCUGGCUUGCAGACCCGCAUCCUUCCUCAGCAGCGAUGUGGAUAGGCCUGGCCCUGCCAAGGGGCCCACUUUGGCCCCCUUCAUCCAUGAGGGCCUGGGGGUGGCUGCGGGAGGCUUUGCUGCCAGCCGGCAUGGCUCUCCCAGCCGCUCGGCUCGAGUACCCCCCUUCAACUAUGUACCCAGUCCCAUGGUGGUGGCGACCACUGACUCAGCAGUAGAAAAAGCCCCUGCACCCACUGACCUCCUAGAAUAGUUGCCU